AUGGGCAUCGACUACCAGCCAGAAUCCACCACAAUCCGCACCGAUGUCCUAGUCGUAGGAUCCGGCCCAAUUGGUGCCAUCUACGCCCGUAAACUCGUCGAGGCCGGACACAAAGUCCUCAUGGUCGAUGCCGGUGCACAGGAAACCGAAAUCCCCGGAGAACACAAGAAAAAUAUCACAGACAUGACCCUAAACGACUUCAGCAACGUCAUCCAAAACGAUCUAACCCCACUCUCCUCCUCCAUGCCUAGUGCAGCCGCAACCCUCGCAAUCGGCGGCAUGUCAACCCACUGGACCUGCGUAACUGCAUCUCCACAUCCAAAUCUCGAAGCUCCAAAGCUAUUUUCAGAAUCAAAAUGGAACUCCCUCAUCUCCGAAGCCCAAGAUCUUCUUCACACAAACUCCACCGUCUUGGACGCUUCAACCCGUCAAGACAACCUCAAAAACUUCCUUAACGCCUCAGGCCACUCCUUCAAAUCCACCCCUCUCGCCUGUCAAAAAGACGAGAACGGAAAAGUCAUCUACUCCUCCACAGCAAGCAUCCUCUCCCCCAUUCUCUCAUCCAAAAACUUCACCCUCCUCCCCCACCACCUCUGCACAAACCUCCACAACCAAAACUCCAAAGUAACCUCAGCAUCCCUAACCUCCCUCUCAACAAACUCCAAAAUCUCGGUUAUAGCAGAACAAUACAUCCUAGCAGCAGGCGCAGUUCUAACCCCGCAAAUAAUCUACAAUUCCAACAUGAGCCAAGAACUACCCGCAUUGGGAAGAUAUCUAACCGAAAGAAUGGUUGCGUUCUGUCAAAUCAAACUUGAUAAGAAGUUUUCUGUUAAUGAUGGGGAGGUUAAUAUUAUGCAGGGUGCUAGCGAGGGGAAGAAGUGGGUUACUAUGAUUAACCGUGAGGCUCAUCAGUAUGGGCAGUUACCUGAAGAUGUAGAUUCGGGUGAUGUGCUGGAUGUUAGGUGUAUGAGCGUUGUCGAGCCUAACGUGGAGAAUCGAGUCGAGUUUGGAGAAAAGGGUAGCGAUGGAAUGCCAACCCCGUCAUUCAAAGUCUCCCCAAGCAUCUAUGACAUGAAGUUAGCAGCAAAGAUGAUGGUAGAAGUGCAAUCUUUGGCCACAACCCUCGGCAGCUUCGUCACAGAGCCAACAAUCAUGCCACUGGGAACAGCACUGCAUCUCAGCGGGACAACCCGUGCCGGGGAGUCUGUCGAAACCUCAGUUGUCGAUUCCAACUCCAAGGUUUGGGGAGUUGAUAAUUUAUACCUCGGUGGUUGUGGCGUAAUCGCAGAGGGUAUGGCAUGUCAACCAACCCUAACAGCGGUUGGGUACGCAUUACAAGGUGCUGAGGGUGUUAAAACAGCCUUGUCUGCUUAA